AUGCCUCAGAUAAUCGAAAUACAGCCAGAAGACUUGAAAGAUGAGGAUGGGGUAGUCAUGGUUGCUAAGAAAAUACACAGGAAGAUAAAGAAAAUAGAGAGAGAGAAAGGAGCGCUGGAUGGAGCUGAGACGUUGUUUUCUUGGUAUUCUUCUUUGCUAAAUGAUGAGGAGAAGCAAGUUAUGGGUAUAGUAGUAGCCGGGUCGGCCCGAUUCGGCCUUUAUCAAGUGGACUUUGGAUGGGGAAGGCCUGAGAAGGUGGAGAAAAUUUCAGUGGACAGAACUAUAACGAUGGCGAUGGCAGAGAGUAAAGAUGGCGAUGGCGGGGUUGAAGUGGGACUCGCACUGAAGACUUAA